UAAUUACCUGUUUAAUGCACGCGAUUUCAAUAUUAAACUUUGAAUGAUACAUAUUUAGAAGUAUCAUUCGUCCACCGAAAUAAAACAUAUUUUUAUUUGUGGAAUAUUCCACAACGUUAACGUUUCGUAAUAACAGAUCAACUUUCAGCGUUUCCGAUAUUAUUGCGAAAUGUGUACACGUGCAGGCAACGAUGCAAUCUAAUGCAACUUUAUUAAUCAGCUAUUUAACAUAGGGCUGUCAUUGCGCUGCUUAUCUAAUACUCAAUGUAUGAAAAUUGUAUGAAACGGUGUGUAAACCCUAAGUGAUUUUGAUGCAUCAACAAUUGACUCUACUUUAGUUACUUUCAUUUUAGGCAUUUGCUGCCUUAUAAAUCACUAAGUUUUUCAUCAUGAACAUUCAAUCGUGAUCCGCGAUCGGUAAAUUGUUGUACUCAGUCAGUACAGUCAGUGUCGUCAACCGCUUUUAACAACGACAGUUGAAGAAAAUCAUCGCACCGCGCCGGCCUGCGCUGCUAACGACUUGAAGUUGAGUAAGUUCAAAGCAAGCCAAGGAAAUAAUGUCCGAUUCUGAGGGUUCAUACUAUCAAUCACCAACAACCAUUGAACCAAAAACGAAAACUAAUCAUAAAUCCACAGAAAACAAUGGAAAACGCAAAUCAAAAUCAGCCCGUCCCAGUAAAAAAGCUACUAGUGAUAGGGAUAUAUUCGGUAUCAGCCAAAGCCGCGAGACAGGCGAGGAAGUCGGGCCUUCGUCAUGCCUGUCGUCGCUGUUCGUGUACAGAGUGGCUAACGGGUGCGAGCGACGCACAGCUCGCACCGAUGGUGAGUACUACAUCGACUGCAAGGUAUACCGAGCUGACGACGCGCGCAACACCGAUUCGCUGGAGUUGUGGAAGAAGGCAAUCGUACGAAUCAAGGUACAGACCGACAUAGAUUCUCCGCAGUGGCGAAAACUACAGGAGUUUGUACGUUCCGCAGAUGUUUUGUUUCCCGAAAAACCCAUGUUUUAUGACAAAUGAAUAAUAUGGUUUUAUUUCAAUGAAUGUUUUUUUUUAUUUCCCUAUCCUAUUACACGUACAUAAUUUGACAAACACUUCUCAUACAGACUCAAUUAAAUAGUAUAUAGUGUUUAUGACGAUACACAGUCGCACACAUUCUAUAGUAUGUAAUUGUCUCGCUAGAACACGAUUCAAUAACAGAACGUACGUUGUACGAUAUCAAAAGCUAACAUGUUAUAUUCACGAACGCAUUGCGCUUUUUACCAUCACCGUGUUGUAAGCGAUGGUUAAUUGCAUUCGAUCAAACUCGAGAUACAUAACAAUUCAGAUCGACAGACAAAAACAUCUAUAGCUAAAACCGAGUUGACCGUUUUAUUAUUAAGUUCUCUUUUGCGUUAAUAUCAUUGAUCGAGUCGACCAUUGCCGAUUGGGCAUUCUGGACCACCGCGAUGGCGAACUUGUUUCGCCGAGUGAAAAGUGGUCCAGAAUGCCCAAUCAUAUACUACUGCAGAGUCUGCCUCAGCAGCUGGAAAGUGGCGAUACAGCUGUAAGUCGUCUGCAUAAAGAUGGAAGUGGGAAGAAAUUACUCUAGUUCCAGAGUUGAUGAAAAUAGAGAAGAGAAGAGGAGAAAGGACGCCACCCUGGGGAACACCCGCCGUGAGUUCGCACCAAUCAGAGUAAGACUCUUCAAGGCGAACACACUGCGAGCGACCCCGAAGGUAAGAAUCUAACCAUGCUAGGGAUGUAGAAGAGAAAUUUAGGGAUUUUAGGAUGCCAAGUAGCACAUCAAAAUCUACCGAGUUGAAGGCACUGCUGAAGUCAAGAAGGACAAGGACCGUCAUCAUCUUUUUCUCCAUUGCCCAGCGGAUGUCGUCAGUCACCUUCAACAAUGGUACGAUGGCCAGAACGAAAACCAGAUUGGAAAGAAGAAAUAAGAGAAUUUGACGUUAAAAAACCGGUGAUCUGCCUGUGAACGAUAUGCUCGAGAACCUUGGAGAGGUAAGGGAGAAUGGAAAUGGGUCUGAAAUGAGAUGAUAGAGAGGGGUUAGGGAUCUUGGGUAAAGGUAAGAUAUGUGCCUGCUUCCAGGCGGAUGGGAAAUUACAAGUAUAUAAGGAAUGAUUAAAAAUGUGAGUUAGGAUCGUGAGUAGGUGGGGAAGGAUGAGACGGAUCAUUCUCGAGCACACAUUAUCACAGCCAAUUGCAUUGGAGGUAAUAGCAAGAAGCGAUUUUUCAACGUCAGGCUCAGAAACAGGACUAAAAGAAAAGGAGGGACAGUUUGGUGCCGGCAAGUUCUGAAGCUCAGUGAGAGUAACAGUUUUGACAUUUGGAUCUAAAUGGAUAGGCGGUUGAGAAAGAGAGAGGUUUAAUUCAUUUAGAUCCAUGACUGUACAGGUAUGUAUGGGAGAUUUGCCGAUACCAACGGAUUUAAGAAAUUUCCAAGCCUCGGAGGAACUACGGUUGAUAAGUGAUUCGUGGAAGUAGCGCCUUUUAGCAUCUCUACACAGACGACUGCAACGAUUGCGCAGAGCCCUAUAGUAUUCGAGGUUCACAUCAGACGGCCUGCCCUUGAGUUUAUUCUUCGCUCUGUCUCUGCGGGCCAUAAGAGCUUUAACUUCAGCUGUUAUCCACGGAGCUGGCUUAUGUUUUAUUUUAAUACGGCGGAUAGGUGCAUGCUUGUCUAUUAAACCAAGGACCAUCGAGUUAAAGCAGGACACUUUUUGAUCCGUACCGGCGCUAUCAGAGACUGGUGACCAGUCAAGUGCGGCAGCGUCGGCCUGCAGAGCUUCAAUGUCUAUCGCAUUGUAAUUUCGCAAAUACAAAUACUGUGGCUUAGGCUUAGGAGUGCGAACACGAUAAGAUAGAUAUAUUAGAUCGUGGUAAGAGAAGGUUGCCGUAAGUUGACCGUGCCGUGCAACAUUGUCAAGGGAAGACACAAUCGCAAGGUCUCAAUAGAGAAGGAGAACAGUUGGGAGCAAAGUGAGUAGUAGAGAGAGGUAAGACAUGCAGAUCAUAAGAAGAAAGGAGAGAAGUAAGUCUGGUAGAACGUGAAUCAUUUUUAAGAAGACAUGUGUUAAAGUCGCCCAUGAUGAUGAUAUGUUUGUAAAUAGGGCAAAGUUCACUCAAAGUGGAAUCAAGAGAGCUGAAAUAGUCGAUGCGUAAGUUGGGGGAAUAGAGGACAGCAAGGAGAAUUUUAGAAGAUUUUAAAGAAAUUUCAAGGAAUAGGUAUUUCCAUAGUCAUUAUAUUUUACAUAUUAAGUUUAACAGUUUCGUGUUGCCGUGAGGCAGUCCUACCCUCUUUUUAAUUUAAACUAUUGAUAUGUACAUAUUUCACUAGAAUUGUAACACAGAACCGGCGGGUGGACUUUUUGUUUGGUUUUGUAUAUUUUAUUUAGUUAUUAUAGUUAUUCUAC